AUGACAACUGCUGUUGUUGAGAAUAGCAGCAGCAUGAUCGAUUCAAUUUGGAAAGAUCGAAUUGAACGAGGAUUGAAAUAUGUAUGUCGUACUAUUGAUUUAAGACAACGAUCUGAUGCAGUACCAUUACUUACAAAAAUUGCCGAACAAUAUAAUGAAUUACGUCGACCACGUAUGAUAUCUGAGUCAAUGUUCAAAGAUGUUAAAUCAUCAUUGUAUACAAGUUGUUCUUUUGAUGAAAUAACCGGUGAUAAAAUGAUAUGUUCAUUAUCAAUUUUACCUCAAAUUGAUCCAUUACCUAAUCUAUUUACUUAUGUUUCAUUACAAAGCAAUUUUUUAUGUGAUACAGUUACAAAUUUAUCUGAUUUGAUUUUUGAUGAAAAUGACGAAGAUGUUAAAAAUCUUCUAAUUUCUAUACAAUCCGAUUCAUUAGCUGAACAACAACAGACAAUUCGAUUAUUUUCAUCAUUAAAACGUACAAGUCGUUUAUCGAAAACAUCGAUUUUAAAUGAUCGAAAUAAUGAAUUUCUUUUUGAUGAAGAACAUCUCUUAGAAUUAUUAAAACGUCUCAAACAACAGUCGGAACAAAAUUCUUCACCAUUGACAUCUGAAGAUGAAAUGAAUUUAUUUGAUACAUUAAUUAAAUUUUAUCCAUCUUCUGCUGAUUUAAUUCGUGAUCGAUUUGGUACAAUAUUCGAAUCAAAACGUUUACCACCUAAAGAAUUUACUCCAAAUAUUGAUAAUAUGUUAUUAGCACAAGAUACAACCAUGGAGAAUACAUUACAUUCCUAUUUUAUGCUUUUUUGUCGUCGUUGUCAUCGAUACGAUUGUUUUUUACAUAAAGAUAAACCCGUUACACCUGACUUAAACAAACAAUCAAAAAAUUGUGAUAUAAACUAUCGUCCAUGUAAUUCUCAAUGUUAUCGAACAAAUCCCAAAUCAUCCUAUCAACAAAGACGAUCUAAAAUUGAACUUAAACGAAGUUAUAGUGAAGUUAUCGAUAAAAUUUCUUCAAAUACUCUUUUUUGCAAACGUACAAAAUCGAAUCUAAUUAAAACUGAAGAUAUAUCUUCAUCUAUGGAGUUAGAUUUCUAUAAAAAUGGUUUUCUAUUUAAACCGAUCAUAAAACAUAAAUUCAAUAAUGAAUUACCAAAUUGGUCAUCAAGUGAAAAAUCCUUAUUUCGAGUAUUUCAUGCUAUCUAUGAUAAUAAUAUAUGUAUGAUUGCUGAUUUACUCGAUAAACCAUGUUCAGAAGCUUAUCGAUUUUAUUUGAAUGAAAUUAAACAAUUAUUACCAUCAAUUGAUAUGAAAAUCAAUGGUGAUUAUAAAAAGAGAAAAGUAAAUGGUACAGAUAAUGUUGAACAAUCAAUUGUCGAUGAAGAUGAUAAUCAAGAAUCGACAAAUACAAAUCGUUCUACAUCAUCAUCUCGUCGUUCUCAUUCUUCAUCAUUUCGUCGUCAACGUAGUCAUCAAAAUAUAUUAUUAAAUCAUCAUAAUAAUUUAUUAUUAGAACAAAAACGUCAUACAUAUUAUCCAUGUGAUCAUGAUCGUUCUAUGCUCUGUAAUGAACAUUGUUAUUGUAUUCGUUCGGGUAAUUUUUGUGAAAAAUAUUGUUGUUGUUCAUCAAUAAAAUGUGAUAAUCGUUUUCCUGGUUGUCGUUGUCGUUCAUCAUGUACAACAAAACAAUGUCCAUGUUAUGCAGCAUCACGUGAAUGUGAUCCAGAUUUAUGUAUACAAUGUGGUGCAGAUGAUUUUCGAAAUGGUGAUACGACUAAUACUGAAUUAAUAACGAAAUCUACAUGUUCAUGUCAUAAUGUUGCUAUACAACGUAGUUUACAUAAACCAUUAUUAUUAUCUGAAUCAGAUGUUGCUGGUUGGGGAAUAUUUACACAAGUUAAUAUUCAACGAAAUGAAUUUAUUGCUGAAUAUUGUGGAGAAAUAUUAACACAAGAUGAAGGUGAAUUACGUGGACGUAUGUAUGAUACAAUUGGUACAAGUUUUUUAUUUGAUCUCAAUGAAGAAUAUAUGGUUGAUGCAACACGUCGUGGAAAUAAAAUACGUUUUGCAAAUCAUUCAAUUAAUCCGAAUUGUUAUGCUAAAGUUAUUAUGGUUAAUGGUGAUCAUAGAAUUGGUAUUUAUUCGAAACGAUUUAUAUCAGCUGGAGAUGAAUUAUUUUUUGAUUAUCGUUAUGGUGCUAAUCAUCAUUUACGUUUUGUUGGUGUUGAAAAAAAUAUUCAUGGAGAUCAAAUUGAUACAUGA